AUGAACCGCAUGAAUUCCUCUAUGCAUCACGUGUUUCCUGAUAGCAGGAAGAAUGCAAGCGUUUCAGGACUUUCUAAGCCAUAUGAGACAUCUGAGGAGACCGAAACACUCAUUAACUAUGGCUUGGACGUUCCUUACGACGACGACGAGACCAUUAGGCUUCAAUUGGACGAAAACUCGCCAUUUUUCGCUACCAGAGUCGAGAAGGAUCUCAACCCAAAAAAGCUGCUCCCAUACAAGACAGAAAGCAUUAGAGAUCAGUAUCAAUACUUGAGUCACAUAGUGAAACAUUUGUACAUUGCCAUUGAGAGCGAAGAUCUCAAAGGAAAUCUAAGCAUUAGUGUUUCUGAUCUCGAAAAGGCAAAAUCUGUAUUACUUAGUCAUAGCAACAACGAUGAAACGACAGAGCACGAAGAAGAAUGUUAUGAGACUUUGAACCAAACUGAAAGCGAGCGCGAAGAUGCGGAGAGCGAUGAAGAUGAAUUUUACGAGGACUACGAUGAAAGCUAUCCUUCAGAUGCGGAAGGUGAGCAAUUCGCAUCAACACCGGUGCCGAAUGUGCAUAUCAAAUCUGCAGCUAUUAUCAGCCUCAAACACUGGACCAAAGAGCUCAAGAACCUGCUUAGAAUGGGUCUUGUAAUUCCUGCAUCGUUGAACAUUGCCCUAGUCAAGGUUUUCUAUGCCGUGAUUCUCUCUCGAGGACAGGAGAUCAACAUACCGUUUUACGUGAACGUUGUUUUUCUCUUAUUGAAAGAGAAGGACAUAUUGUACGAGAGGGGUCUCCGCCUGGAUUGGAAACCAUUGUAUGAAGAGCUCAACAGCAUUAUGCCAGAUGCAAGUGGCUCGUCUCAUUUCAGUGACGACCGCAGGUUUGGCCACCUGGUCAAGUUUGCUGGUAAGGUCAACGUUUUUUUCGACGAGAAUAGCGUUCCUCAGAUUAUGGAGAAGAUCAUGUCAAGAUAUAAUAACCAGUCGGUAUCCAUUUCUUUCGUUCAAAUGGCAGUGCUGGUGCCAAUUGUGCUUGAGAAGCCCAUCCUCAAAGAGGGACGUGUCUUCUAUGACGAAAGGGAUAUCAGACACUACUUGCCGUUCUUCUUCUCGUGUUGGACGUCUCAACGCCUUACUCCAGAAAUUACCUCUCUGCUAAAUGUUAUUGCCAAUAUAUCCGAUAAGGUGUUAAAGGUUCAAUCGAGCGACCCCAGUUUUGUUAUCAUGGGCAAAUACGGUAUUUUCACCGAGGAACAGUUCAAGUUCAUUAUGAACCAAUUGUUAUUAACCUCUAGAUCGUUUAGAAAAGACGAGAGAAAUUCACAGUACAUCAAGUUAUUGAUUGAAAUGAUUAUCAACUCUAUGACCUCGAAACACGCGCUCGAAAAGGAUGGCGUCAUGGAUUUGCUCAAAACAUUUUGGGGAGCUUUGCAUACUCUGGUUCACCCAUCAAAUUCAGGUGGAUGGUCUGUUCUUCUAUCUCAGGCUGUGAAGAGAAUGGUCGUUGUGUACCACAUUCGACUCCUGGAGGAAAACGAGGACAAAUCGCUUCGAUAUUCAUACUUGGACGACUACUCUAAAUUGCCAGAGGACGUCAAACUCUCGCCUCAGAUCACAGAGCAAUUUAUUGACAUGCUCUUGCCGCUUAUACACUUUGGAGUCCAAUCAAAGUCUGUUUCGCAGAGAAAGAGGUAUAUCACUGCUUUGGAAAUACUAGCUUUCAUCAACCCUAAGAAAAUCCUGGACGAUGUUUUAUUGGACAUUUAUAAUUCAUUUGAGUCUGUCAACUCUACACACAGAAUUAAUGUGGUUCUCCAUGAACUGACAGUUUUGGUAAGAUACAUGGCUCAAUUGCCUGUUUACCGUGUCCACAUCCCGAGACUUUUAUCGAUGCUGGUUCCCGGUAUCGACUCCAACGAUCCUGAAAAAACAAUCCUUACUCUAGAAUUUAUCAAAUCCGUUGCUGCUGUUGUGCCUAUUUCAGAUUUGAGCCAGGGCCAAGGUGACGGAGGGCUGGUGGCAAUAGAUUUUACAACACAGCACCUGGCAUAUUUGGAGGCAAAGUAUUACAAAAAUGCUCCGCGCCAGCUAUAUUACGGUGAAGAUAUACCUGACCAGUUUAUAUUUGAUCCUGACAUUGAGCUGGAAGCUCUCAAGUCGAGCUCAUCCUCAUUUGGAGAAUUUAUCAAUCAGUUCGCUGAGAAAUGCUACAAGUAUUUGGAGCUCUCGCCUAGUCUCGAGGAUGAUGGACAAGUGGAAACACGUGCAAGCGUUUACAUUUCACAGACGUUUGACUCGUUGGUUGAGUCACUGUCUGACGAGAUGUACAAUAUUUUAGCCGACUCUUUCUACCAAUAUAUCAGCAACAACGUGCAACAUGCGGUCGCCAUCGUUUUCUUCAACAUCAUUGAACUUAUCAUCAGAAGAGACCCAGAAAACCAAUUUCCAAGAUUCUAUCAAUACUUGGUGGAGCAUGUAAAGGAGGAAAUUGACCAUGGUGCUGGUGCCACACGUACACAAGAAAUCCUCGCUAAGGACGCUCGGUUGACAUGGUAUCUUAAGCUUCUUUCUGGCUCUCUUCUUGGGGCAAACGGGCUCGAUGAAAGAACGUUCGACGAGAUGAGGGAUCUGAUCUCCAACAGACUCAUUAAAUUGAGAGGUGAGGCCGCCUUUGCUGCCACCACAAUUCCUGAAUCACUCCUUGCAGGUACCACAUUGACAAGACUUUUAGAGCGCAGGCUAAUUCCUCAGUCUUGGAUUGACAAGAAUGGGCCUGUGGAUCAUCGUUGCUGGGGAGGGUUCCAAUUCGAAAAAUCUAGAUUCGAUCUGGACCACCUGAAUUUUUCCUGGUAUGUUCCUUCAUCGAAGAGCGUAGAGCAGGCUGUUGAGUUUUUUUGA